AUGGCCGAGCUUCCCAAAAGCAGAGCGCGAUCCCCGACUCUGCCUCCUCCGGCCCCCGCCAUUUUCUACGGCUCUGUGGAUCCAAGAAACCCAGUGGUUCACCGGUUCGAGUCCGACCUGAGCGAUUGCCUGGGCUUCCUCAAGCGGAAACGGGAAGCGGGGGCCGCGAGCUCCAAGGAUCAGGAGCUGCACAGGCGAGGAACCACUUCUUUGUUCAAUAUCUGGAACAACUAUAGGCCUCGACUCCCAGAUUGGUAUUACAAUGAAACACUUGUAAAAAUUGGUGAUCAGCUUAUGGAAAUGAAAGAACAUAAGCUAGCAUUUUUGUAUUGCUAUGAGCAGUAUCUUCAACAAAUUAGUGGUAUAAAUAUAAAAUAUGGAUUAGAUGCACAUCAAUUAAAGUCUAAUUUUUUCCCAAAUGGAUUUAGAGAUCAAAGUGCUACACGUACACUCCAUGUUCUGCAAGCAAGGAAUAUUUGUCUUUAUAAAAUAGUAUGUGAUAAAGACAGUGACCUCCUAAAUCAAGACUCUGUGAAAACAUGUUUUGGCAUCUUAACCAUACUGCAACUCAUCAUGCAGAUGACUUUGCCCCAUGAACAUUUAUGUUGGAUCGUCUACAAUGGUACAGUUCAUAUGUAUACCAUAUGUAGGCACUUGAUGACUAUAGGCCAAUCAGCUAAGGUGCUGGAAUAUUUAUUGUGGGCAUCAUUAUGUAUGGAAUCAUCAAUUCCACUUUUAGCUGUACACUAUUUGACAUGGAGAUCCACUCUGUAUGCUGCUGUCUGUCAGUGUUAUUAUGAUUGCCAAUCAGGUAUUCAUGGAGAGGUGUUUGCACGGCGUGGUUUGAUUAAAAUUGAUGAACUAAAGCAAAUGGAGUUUAUGAGUUCAUCACCUCUGAGUACAGAAACAAAGAAAAAAUUCAAAGAAGCAACUGUGAAGAUGGCAGCAAUGAUUUUUAAAAGAACAAUAUUUGAACCAAGAAGGCGACCAAAAGGAGUUCUGAGACCAAGAAUAAAAGCUAAUCUGAAAGAAGCACAGCAUUUGCCUUGGCCUCGUACCAUCACAGAACGGUUGCUGAUGGAAAUAUUUGAUUGCAAUUCAUCAAUUUUUUUUUCCAUUAUGGAAGCUCUCUUUGAUAAAAACAGACGGACCCUUAUCCCUGGACCUUCUGUUCCCGACGAAAUAGAAGUGCGUGAUAUUAUUGCGGAACUCUGUUUUGCAGGCGCAGAUAUUCUUGAUGGUGGUGGCAUCAAUGUUUCAAUUAAUACUUCUGAAGUUUCUUCAAUAAUAACUACUUCAUCACUUAUGCAGCAGAUAUUAGCAGGGAAAAAUGGUAUUUCCGCAGAUGCUGCAUUAAGAUUUAUUAAGAUAGUCUUCAGUUAUGAGGAAUGGGAUUCAUUUGAUCAUGCAAUUGUAGCGUUUUUUUCAUUUCUUCAGAAUCAAAGCAAUCCAGUAUGGAAGAAAGCAAAAGCAGAAGUCAAGCUACUACUUGUAAUGCAAAAUUUAUUGACCAUAAGAAAAGCAAGACAUGGUUUGUGUGUUCAAGGAGAUAAUAUCCGAGAAACAGCUGCUUUUCGUAGUCAAGGGAAAAAAUAUAUAGGGUUUCUAGAAGGAUCCGUACAACCACCAAAAAUUACUGAUGAUCUUUUUCUGCUGGCAAGGACUCUUUAUUCUUCUGUCUGUAAAGCUGAAGAGGUUCACCAGCCAUCCAGAGAAAUGAUAAUUGAUGCAACCAUGUUUCUGUGGCAAAAGUGUAAAGUAGGAAUUCAAAAGAUCCAGAUGAGUGGAAGUAACUUCUUAAAAUUCAUUCAUAAAUACCAAACACCAAAGUGGCUUCACAUUCUUUAUGUAGUUAAUGAAGUAAUUCACACCAUUAAUCUUGGAAUCACUAAUCCUGUAUUAAUAGCUGAAGUAUCAUUAAGGCUAACAUCAGUGAUGGAAAAUAUUGCAGACUUCAAAUCUGGAGACAUACCAGUUUUAGCAGAAGAUGAUUCUCUGUUUUCAGAAUACUACACCAGUAACAUUCCUUCAUUAUUACAGCAACCUCCCCGAGAACAAUUAUUUUUGGCUUAUGAGUAUAUUGACAGAGCAAUUAUAGCAAUUAAUCGAGCUCAUGUACUAACAGUUUUACCUGAUGGAACAUCAGUGUUUGAUAAUUAUUGUAAAAAGAUGACUACAGAAGAGCAGGUUGUGAAUAAAACUUUAUCAUCAGAUAAUGAGAGAUCACCAAUAGGGAACAAUUUUAUUAUGGAUCUACACAUUGAACUUAUUCAGGCUCAGCACCGAAUAGCAAUUAAACUACUUAAUGCAACUCAAGAUACUCAAAGUGGUGACGAAAAUCCAAAGGCCAAGGGUCUUGCAAGGAAUGUAAGCCAGUUAAAAUGUCUAACAGAAUUGGAGAUAAUGGAGAAAAUAAAAAAGAAUAAAUUGUCCAAAGCUCUCUACUUGAUGCAGAAAGCUACGCUGAUGCUUCCAGUAGGAUUAGAUUGUUCUUCUGCAAAUCAGCUUCUGAAAGAAGCAUUUAUUCUGAUUCAGAAAACUGAAAUGGAACAAAAUACAUUAAAUGCCACUUUAUUAAAUCAUACAAAUAGCACGAAAAGCAAAGUUCCACCACCUCCAAUACUACUUUUUAGGACAAAUUGUUCCAUGGCAUUUAAGCCAGCACCAUUUUCUUCAGAUGUGAAGGUUUUUUGGUACAGCAUUUUUGGGUGUGUAGCAGAAGGAAGCAAUCCAAAAGCUCGGUUAAAUAAUUAUAGUCUCAAGAACACAGCAGAAGCGAUACCAGCUGAUGAAACUUGUGUCUUAGAAGUACAAGAUUUAGAGGCCAAUCAAAAUUAUGUAUUUGCAGUUGCAGCCUAUGAUUCAGAUGGAAAAAUUAUCGGUGAUAGCAUUGGAGAAACAACUAAACCAAUUCUUGCCUAUCCUCCUCUAUCUGUUGCUAUUGUCCGAACAUAUCUGAUUCAGUCUGCUUUUCAGAUUGAAAACUAUGCAUUAUGCAAAAAAACAUUUCAACCACUCUGGGAUUGUUUUGUCUCAGUGCCCUGUACUCCUGUUACUGAUGUCACUAUAGUUUCUGUAAGCAGCACUUUGUCUGUACCGCAGAACAGGCUAAAUUCUGAAGCCCUGCUACAGGCAUCUCCAAACCUCUUAUAUAUGUUUCUGAGAAGUAUUUUUAUCAUGAGUGACAUUAGUGUCAAUGAAGGAUGUCUCUUCUGUGAUUCUAUUUGUUUCAAUGAGCUUAAGUAUAAAAGACAAGUUGCUAGAAUAGAUGAAUGUGGGCGAAUGCUGGUGGCAGUUGAACUUAGUAACUGGCUAAAUGAUGUUCACUAUGCCCUUCAGUCAGUUGUUAAUUGUUACGGCCUUAUAGCUCCCCUGAUCUAUCACAAGAUUCCCUCUAAACCUGUCAUUCAGAUCAUUAUUAAGUAUCUCAAGGUUCUUCAAGAAAUUCCGACUAUAAUAUUCCAAAGAAAAUCAACAGGAUGCUUUGAUAGUAUUCAGCACAUGAUUGCUUGUUCUUGCUAUUUUACAGCAAAGAUACUGCACUUAUGGAAAGAAUAUGAGUUAGCAGUAGUCAUUAUUAACUAUGGAAAAAAGUUGUUGGAUUGCUCACAAACACCAUCCCAAGCAGCUAUAGCUGGAGAAGGAGCGGAUGAAAUACUAGAAGAAGAGAUUCCUUCUAAAAGGCUGAGAGGACAUAUGGGUGGAGUUGGAAAAGUAAAUGAGAAUUUAGAAGUUCUGGAAAACAUGCUUCUGAAAUUGAUAAAAGCAGGACAAGAUCUUACAGGAGAAGAAGAUCCUUUAUUCUUGUAUCCUGUAGUUACAAAUUGGCAACCAAAGACUGCUUAUAGGGAAGUACUGAAAUUUAAGAAGAACUCUCGUUUCCUUGAAUAUUUUGUUAUGCUUGUAUUCAGAGCCCUAAAUGAGGAUAAAUUGUUGCGAAUACUGGAGUGGUCUGAUGAUGUUCAAGAAUAUCUUAAAAAGCGGAAUAGAUUCCUUCUUGGUAUCAAACAAAUUACAAAAAAGAAGAAGAAAGUUCGUGGAUCUGCAGAAACAAAGAAGACCAUAACACAAGAAGUUUCAAAGGUUAUCGAUUUAACACCCAAGAAGAAAGGUUCCAAGAAGAAAGGUCUGGCUAAACAACCAGGCCAGGUUAAAACACCUGGUGGAAAACGGUGUAGAUAUCUACAAAGAAGUACUGUCCCUAUGCUUUUAUUUAGGAAACAAAUAGAAGAAAAAAGAAAAAUUGCUUUUGAAAUCCUGAUAAUUAAGCUAAAUAUAUGUUCUGAUGUCUACAUAAGGCGAAGAAGAUUUCGUCGGUUAUAUAAUGAAGAAAUGCCAUGGCGAGCUCAGCUUAACAUUUACCUGGCAAUUGUUCAUUUUAGUUUGUUUAAAAAACGUGCACAGGAACUCUGUAAUACUGAAAAUUUUGUACAAAGUCCAGACAGUUAUCAUGAUGUCAACCCUGAAAUAUUCUCAUUCAGCAAUUCAGGCACAAUCAUAAUAGCAUCAGAGGAAGAAAUUACAGAUAUUAAACAUCUGUCUUUUAAAAGAACAUUGUCAGGAAAAAUCAGUAAAAAAACUGACACCCCUGACCCUACUUCCCCUGCCUUCGACAAUGGGCUUUCCUUGCCUGCUUCUAGCCCUACAUUACAAAGUAUUUCUCCAGACACUGUUUCCAGCUCAAGCAUACAUGACCACAAUAAUUGUCUCUCCCCUGAAAUUGAUGCCAUGAGCGAAUCCAGUGAAUUGACCCAACUCUCAGCUUCAGAACCCGUUUUUUCUCCUGAUCGUAGUUCUAAAUUGAGUGAUAGAGACACUCCUCGACUGACUCAAGGUUAUAUUCCUGUUAAAGAACGUGAAAAAGCAACUUGUUAUUCUGCUGUGCUGGAGCAUUUCACAAAAACAUUCCUAUAUUUUAGAAGAGCUGUGGUUGUUGCCCAUCGAGGUCGCCACUGGACAUUGCUUCAGAAUGCCUGCCGAGACCUUUGGAACUAUACUCGGGAAAUACAAAUUAUUAUUAAGCAUUCAGGAUCUUUUCAUGCACCCUUUCCUGUUAACAAGGAGAUUUUUCUUAAGACCAUUUGGUUACCAUACUAUUUAGCAUCAGAUACAUUGCUUGAUAUGAUAGUUGAGCUUCAAGAUAGCAAUUAUGUUAAGAUUAUUGAGCCCAAGGGAAAUUUUGGUGUUCCAAGCUGCAUAGGAGGCAUUGCUGUUGAUGAAGGUGGUUCCAGCCUUUCUUUUGAACAUCCCCUUGAUGAUGUGAAUAUUAUAGAUUUCCAAGGAAUACGCCAUUUCAUUCUGCAAACUCUUGAGUUUCUGUUUCGUUUGAAGAAAUGGGAAUCACUAGUUAACAUAGCUAUGCAAUUUAACACAGUUACACAUGAAAGAUAUAUGGAGCAAGUAACUCCUGUGUUGGUGUUUGCCCAGAGGCAGCUGCAGGAAAAAAAACUACUCUGUAUCAGUCUAACCAGACCACUAUUUUCUGUUCCUCUGGAUCCGAUGGAUACGCUAAAAUGUUUUAGAGAAACUCUGGAAAAAUCAAAGAACCACAGCAGAGCCCUUAAAUACAGCAGGAAAUUGCUUUGUUUAUUUCUUGUUGAUGUGCGAGACUCUUCUGGAAGAUUAGAGAUAUAUGCAAACCAGAAGACUUCACGUGGAAAAGUGGGAUUUACUAUGGGAGCUGAGUUGACGUAUGAACCAGAACCACCUGAUCUUUCAGAAGAAAGUUUUACUUGCCUCAGUAUGGUUGAGAGCAACUCCAUUCCCCAGUCAAAAGUCUCAGUAGUGAUCUCUUCAUAUGAACAAACAAUUGAAGUUCUUCAAAGAAAUAAUCAGCAUGGUCUCAUGGUCCAGGCUUUUCAUGAACUUGGAAAUCUGCAUUUUUUCACAGGAAGCAAAAGAAUUGCUUUCAAAUGCUGGUGUCAGGGCCUUGAUGCAGUUCUCAAAAUGGAUGAUGCACUUCAUCAGUGGCAAGAAUUAGAUGACUCAUCAGAGAAAACCACUGGUAAUUUGUCAGAAACAUCUCAAGUUUAUUCUGAGAAGUUUAUUUCUCGGGCUGGAAUUUGGGGUUGCCUACAAGGAGCAACCUUAGCAGCUAAAAUAGCUCAGCAUUCAUUACAAUAUAACAUUAAACUAAGAACCAAAACCUGCAUUUUAUCUGCUAUACUCUUCAAGUCUUUGUUUAGAGCCUCACUACCACAUCCUAAAGCUGAUUGUGACUUUGCACAAUAUGAAACAGACAUAUUAAUUCCUGGCAUUGAUUUAUUUGUGGAUUACUAUAGAGCUGAUAUUGCAACAGUUAUUGCAAAUCUCAGUUUUGUUCUGCAUGAAUUGCAUUGCAGAAGGCAAAAUCUAAUAAUUUUGCCAUUGUUCACAUUAUAUCAGUACUUUGUGUCAGAAAUUUGUCGAAAUGAAAUUAAGUGUAUUGAAGGAAGGAUUCUAAAGAUAAAAGUUCUUACAGAUUUGGGAUUUUUCUCUGAUGCCUUUCAUGAACUUUGUAUUAUUAAUCGUGGCGAUAAAAUUCCUUGGAAAUUGCCUACCAUAUACAAACGUACUACAAAAGUUUGGAUCUGUCCAAAUUUUGAUUCAUCACAAACCCUCUUGACAAGUGGAAAUCUACAGGUAUUGGAAGAAGUUUUUAACAGGCCUAUACAUUCAUCAUGGACUGUAGCAUGUGAACCAAAAAUCAUGGAUAAUUUUAUGUUAGCUAAAAUGCAUUUUAUUAUUAGUGUAUCUGCAACAUUAUGUUUUAUUCCUGAAAAAGUAAUAAAGACAGCAUAUUCUACUGACUCUGAAGCAUUAAGAAGGUCAGGAAGAAAUACUGAUGCAUUCAUGAAAGAAUCAUUGGGAAUUUUAUUGGCAGAAGCUGAAGAAAGAAUUAAUUUAAUUCUUGAAACCAUACAGAGUAAGUAUGGUGCACUGAUAUAUAAAUGUUCAGCCAUAGAACUGGAAAUUGUCAUUGAAGCUAAACUUCAGCUUGCAGCUAUUGCUCAACAGAGACUCCAAACAGCUUUCAGUGCUGCACUGGUUUUUUCUGCAAUAAAACUUCUUCAAGAUGCAGAGGUUUUCACAGAUACAUCUAAUUCUCAAAAAGAUGCAGAGAGAACAGAUAAGGUAUAUUUCAGUUGGAUUUCUACUGAGGAUUCUAAUCUAAUUCACAAUAUAACUGCACGAGAACAUUUGAAUAUACACAUAUGGCUAAAAUGUCGUUUGGCAUUAGUGAUUGCAAUUACAGCACAGGCAAGAGGCAUUGAAAUAAUGAAAGAAAAUGAAUUAACAGAGUGUUCUAGUCUGAUUAAUGAAUUACAAAUGGAAGCUGAAGCAUUCAAUGAUGUUGAGACUCUUGCUGAAAGUACCAUGCAAGCUGUUAUACUUGGCCUUCAAGAAAGACUACCAGUGGCUGAUAUCAAGCUUCAUUUACAGAAUGUAAUCAAAUUGCUUGAAGAAAAAACACUGAUUUCUCCACCAGCUAAUUUAAUAUUAGUACAGAGUAUGCUUCUGCUAGCUGAUAUAAUGAGAACAGAAACAGAAGAUGGUUCAGAAUCAUCUAAAACUGACCAGUUAAAUGUAUUAGUUCAGGCACACGCACUAGUAAUUAAACAGCUGUUUAUUUUGGGGCAAUCACUUGAACAACAUAGACAAGAUCCUACUUUAACAACUCUAAAAAUGCCUUUGAUGAACAUAUAUCUCCCACAUAUCGCAUUACUGGCAAAAGUCAAAAUGAGAAUUGGGCAUACUUUAACUUUAGAAUUGUCAUGUAAAUCCAAACCUCAGAGUGAGUUGCAGUGGGUAAAAGCCCUACAAUACACAGAAACAGCACUAAAACUUUCUGUAGCAUCAGUAAAAGAAGAUUUAGAUCUAGAAGCUGAACUUCUUUUUCGAAAAGGAAGAAUAGAACGACAACUUGAUUCAUUAGGUCUUAAUAAAUCAGAAUUAGCUGUUGACAGCUUGCUGGAUGCCAUAAAUUUAAGCCUGCUGAGUUACCAGCACUAUGGAUUAAUAAGAAGAUCAUACAUGGAGAUAGCACUGCUUUACUUUUAUUUAUGUACAAACAAGGAAGAGUCUCCUACUUCAGGUACUGUGAAAGGAAGAACAUUUAAGCAGAGGCCACCUCAUUCUCUUACUUCUGCAGAUAUUACUGUUCUUGAAAUGUACAGAGUACAAGCCUGGAUUGCUGUAAGAAGUGCUGCACAGGUCAGUGAAGCAAUUCUGACCUCUCAGCAAUUAACUGGCAGAAAGGCUGUUAAAUUGUAUCACAUGAGACAAAGAAUGCAACAAAAUAUGCCUGAAUUUGCUCUUCUGGAUCUCAGUUCUUCUUACAAAGAUUUUUUGUCUGGAAAAUAUGAAGUUACUUAUAAAAUUCCCGUGGUAUGUUCUGUACAAGAGACAAAAUCAGAAAGUAAUGGAGUUGAAAGAGUCGCUUCUAAAGAAAGCCAGGGCAGACCGGAAAUACCUUGGCUUCAUGUACUACGCUACCAUACAUACUUAACCAGGUUUUUGAACCUGACUCCGCUGGCUGCUGUCCCAAAAGCAGGAAAAGGCUUAUUUGUUAAAGAAGAUGUGCUGUACACCUCAGUGUUUGACACAACAAUUGCCCUGCGCUUGGCAAGACUUCAUUCUUUUUUAAAAAGCCAUUUGCCCAUUUAUUCUGGCUGCUGUCUUCAAGAGCCUCCAAAACAGCUGUAUGGUUUGGAGAAGCCUUUCUUUAGCAUGACUGCAAUUGGAAAGGGAAGUCUAGGAUCAGGUGGAAUUUCACAGAGAACACCAUCUAUGAAAAUGAUUUCCAGUACUUUUACUUCUGAGAUAGACAUGCAUUCAGACAACAAAGCAACCUGUUCUCCCAUGAAGGAACUUUGUGUGCAGUGGUACCUUCCCUCUUUGGAAAAAUCAGCAAAUGAAGAAGAGACUAUGGUUUUGUUCAUUUUUGCUUAUAAUAUAAAACCUAUCAAAAUUAUCAACAUCAGUUCUUUCAAUUCAGCUUACAUAAACUGUGGUUAUUUGUGGAUUCCACUGAACAGAGUUAUUGCUCUACGUGAAAAAUUGGCUGAUUUGAAGCAACAACUUGAAAUGUUAAUACAGUCACAGAUGACUGAACAGACUGAACUGAUUGAAAUACAGAAAGGUUUACCUCCCAAAGGACUUGGAACUCAUACAGCAAAGGUGCUAUUGGACAAAAACACCAAGGAAAUGGUUAAAGUGUGCUUUUCUGAAAUAAAAGCCUUGUUGUCUAUUACCACAGAUCACUCUUCACCGCUUAAAGAGAUCCCAUUUGAGAUCACUCUACCAUCAAUAAAAAAUUUAAGCAAAUUGUUCGAUCCAGCAAAUGGAUGUGUAAUAAUGGCAGGAAACGUUUUCAGCUGGAUAGUAUCUCUGCUUGCUUGA